AGCACUACCAUAGACUGUAAAUUAACAUCAGCAGCAGCUGGAGAUAAAAACUUUGACAAAAGCCCAACAAAAACAAGACAGCCUCGAAAAGUUGAUUUGCGAGCUCGAUACUGGGCAUUUCUUUUUGACAAUCUCAGACGGGCAGUUGAUGAAAUCUAUGUUACGUGUGAAUCGGAUCAGAGUGUAGUAGAAUGCAAGGAAGUCCUAAUGAUGCUUGAUAACUACGUAAGGGACUUCAAAGCAUUGAUUGACUGGAUACAGCUACAGGAGAAGCUAGAAAAAACUGAUGCUCAAAGCAGACCUACUUCAUUAGCCUGGGAAGUAAAGAAAAUGUCUCCCGGACGCCAUGUGAUUCCAAAUCCAUCCACAGAUAGAAUUAGUGCGACAUCAAAUGCUCGAAGAAGUUUAAAUUUUGGGUAUGAAACCAGAUCAUAAGUUUAUUAAAGUUCAAAUAAGGAUUCAUUUGAAGC